ACCAUUAACCAUAAGUCGCUUCGUUGAGCAUCUGUCUAUCGAUCAAGAAUCUUCAGUAGACUUUGCUACUGAUAACACCCUCAAUAAAAUCUUCAGUAAACUUGAAAGGAAAAGCUCCAAAGUGACUCCGUCAUCAGGGCCCGAUGCAUCACUGACCACAUGUCGGUUUUCGGCUGACCGUCCGACUGUCGUCGAGGAGAUCUCUUGCGUGGAGCUGGAAGCCGUCAAGAUAGCCACUGAGAAGCUGCAGCUGUGCGGGGGCUGGAGUGGGCAGGCUAGCUACGCGCUGGAUGGAUGCGUGGAUGCUGGCCUGCUCCGACCACCGCCGCAGCCGCACUCCAGCCAACUUGGAACUGUUUAUGCUACCAAGAGGAGACGGAGGAAUGGGAAAAGCAUCAAACCACCUUCAAAAGACGGCGUCACGAAGAGCAACCCGAGCAAGCGCCACCGGGAGCGCCUCAACGCGGAGCUGGACACGCUGGCGUCGCUGCUGCCCUUCGAGCAGAACAUCCUCAGCAAGUUGGACAGACUGUCCAUACUCCGGCUGUCUGUCAGCUAUCUCCGGACCAAGAGUUACUUCCAAGUGGUCAUGCAUAAGGAAAAAGAAGACAUCCAUGGUCACAGGAGGGAGCACUCGCCCUACGAUCACGCUAUGCCAGACGGGGAAAUGUUUUUACAGGCCCUCAACGGUUUCCUGAUGAUCUUGACUUGUGAAGGCGAGGUUUUCUUCGCGACGCACAGCAUCGAGAGCUACUUAGGCUUCCAUCAAUCAGACAUCGUCCAUCAGUCAGUUUACGAGCUUGUACAUUCUGAAGACCGCGAAGAGUUGCAGCGACAGAUCCUUUGGAACUCCUUCCUGCCUCCAGAAGUCAGCAACCUGACGUUGCAAGACGUCCUGCGUCCGGACCGAGCGCAUCUUCUAGAAAGGAGCUUUACUGUCAGAUUUAGAUGUCUUCUUGAUAAUACUUCUGGGUUCUUGAGGCUUGACAUCCGAGGUCGUAUCAAAGUCCUUCACGGGCAGAAUAAGAAGACAGAGGAGCCGCCACUCGCGUUAUUCGCGAUAUGCGCGCCCUUCGGACCCCCCAGCCUUCUCGAGAUCCCGCAGAAGGAAGUCAUGUUCAAGAGCAAACACAAGCUCGACCUGUCUCUAGUCUCAAUGGAUCAACGGGGUAAAAUGCUGCUAGGUUACACGGAUGCCGAGCUGGCGAACAUGGGAGGCUAUGACCUAGUACAUUACGACGAUCUAGCCUACGUCGCCAGCGCUCAUCAAGAAUUAUUAAAAACAGGUGCUUCCGGAAUGAUCGCAUAUCGCUUCCAAACUAAGGAUGGUCAGUGGCAGUGGCUGCAGACAUCCUCCAGACUAGUCUACAAGAACUCCAAACCAGACUUUGUUAUUAGUACGCAUCGGCCGCUCAUGGAAGAAGAAGGGAGAGAUUUACUUGGUAAACGAACGAUGGACUUCAAAGUGAGCUACCUCGACACCGGCCUAACUAGCUUAUACUUCUCGGAAACCGAACAGCUCUCUGGAUGCGAGACAAACGUUACUACACCUCCAAGAACCGCAAGGAGAUAUAAAACUCAACUCCGGGACUUCCUCUCAACUUGUAGGAAUAAGAGAAGAGUCCCCACAACUCCAGCACCUCCACCAGUGGACUAUUUAGCAGCAGAUGCAGUAGCCGCAGCGUACACGAAUUUAAAUGGAGCAUACACAGCUCCUUACGGGGAAUAUCCACCAGCCCCAACAUUACACUAUGCACCGCCACCUUUAGACGACAGAUUCCUAACAGCAGACAAUCUCUUCCAUCAGUAUAAGCCACUAUCGUACCACUACACUCCUUACGCGCCCAACGGCUUCUUAGAACCAGCUCCGCCGCCUGGGUAUGAAGUCGCGCCGGCCUAUCACCGACCACCUUCGAGAGAGUACACUUACGUGGAUAGUAGCGGGAGGUACAUGAGUCCUGUGACGGGGCAGGAGAGGAGGUCGCCUUCCGUAGUGCCGGGACCAAGUCCGGCCGGGUCGAGCAACUCGGAGCAGGAGCGGAUGCAGCAGCCGCAAGCUUCGGAGAUGCCGCGCCAGACGGUGCUCAUGUGGGGCGCCGGCGGGGCGGCGCAGGAGGUCCCCGUCGAGUACUCCCCUCCACAGGUUUGGCGUUACCAUCCAUCGCAUUACCAUACCGCUGAAGCCACUCAGUAAACUCAAUAUGUAUACUUCCUAAACUGGAUCGUCGAAAUUUUGAAUUUUGUAUUAGAUGCCAAUUUAAAUUGUUAUUUAAAUGAAAAUUCUUAAUAGAUGAUCGAAAUUAUCGCAAUCUUUGUUACCAAGAUUUAUUUUCUUAUACCUCGCUCAGUGGUGAGACCGCAUCGGUCUUUAGGUCUUCUCAGACUUAAACAGGGUCCUUCCAGUAUCUUUGUAGAUACGUCUUGAUGUAUAUUUAUAAUUCGAGAAUUUUAUCCAAAUAUAUUAAAAGAUAAGCGUUUUGUAGAAUAAAUAAUACGGAUCACGCAACGCAAUGUUACACAUUAUAGGUUUAGUGAUUACUUUGUAAAUAUUUUGAAUAGAUAGCUUGCUUUGUAUGGGGGUUGGCCACAAUGGUUCCUUUUGAAUCAUCAAUUAAGUUGAGCCAAGCGAUAUUGUUUCAUAACACUGGCGACUUGUUAAAAUGGUCAAUUCCUUAAGAUGCCUUGUUUAUAUGAGGAUCCUUAUCUAGUUCAUCUAAAUUAUGUUCAUUUCAAGCUAUUUUAUCAACCCUCUGUAUUUAAUCUAGUACUGGUUUGAAUCCUUUAUAUCUGGUUUACCAAUUAGGUGCAUAUUAUGAAUUGUCGUUGUAUGUAAAUUGUUGUGUAUUAUUAUAAUUUGUUUUACCAUUAUUGCAGGCACUUCACAGUACUUUAAGUUAUGCGGCAAGCCUCGUAUAAACAAGGUACAUAUAUUUUUAAUUUCGCUUCUAUAAAUACAAGGCGAAAUGUCAAUACUUCUUGAAUUAUGCAAUACAUAUCAUUAUUUAAGCACGCAGUUAUAAUCACUUAUCACUUAAAGCAGUCGACCAUUUUAAUUCGAAAUGUGAUUCGGUUAAUUCGUGUGUUUUAUUUAAAAUGAAAAAUCUGUCUUUAGUAGCCAAAUUAUUGUAAAAUACUGACGCAUCUAUUGUAAAAAAAGAAGAACAUUAUGCAAAAAGGAUACAAUCAUAUUAUUUCUUAUAGAAGUGAAACAAAAUUUAAAUUAAGAUUAUCCGAUUUUUUCAAAUGUACGAAAGUAUGCAACAAUGGGCUUAUUUUAACAUUCAUCGAUGAUUUGAUAAUAAGUAAUUGUUUUUUUUUUAACUUAAGUAGCAGAUUUUCUUUGUAAAAUGUGCCCAUUGUUUAGGCUUUUUGUCUUGCUUUUGCACUGUCUUUUGUUAAAAGGUCGACUGCUUGCACUGCCGAACCAACGCAAUGAAGCACUGUAAAUACACUACGCGUGCCUUCCACAUACUUCUUUUGUUUUUUCUUGUACACAUUUUUUAAAGCAUACUCUAUAUGAGAAGACUAUAUCAAAGACAAGAAAUAACAAUGGAUCGAUUGUUUUUGGAGCCAUAUUGAAGCUCUCAAUUUGAAAUAUUUUCGUCUAGAACAAAAGUAGAAAAAAAAAAUUAUGUUA